GCCACUCCUCAAAUGUACCUUGAUUUGCUGGCCUAUAUGACUGUGUCGUAUAGCUUAACGCUGCAUCCAUAUCGGGAUGAAUACCGUUUGCAAGGGUUCGCGUUCGUCGCCUCAAUUUGUCUCGUCGAGACCUUAUCUUCGUUCGUUCCAUGGCUCGGAAGCUUCGGGCGGAUCACUCUUCUGGACUUCGGGCGACUAUAUCCACUGAAUUGCUUGCAGCAGCUCCGCUCUUCCGGUUUGCCAAGGUGCCUCUGAGGUUUACUGGCGAGCACAUUUUGGUCGCGAACUUGGAUUAUUCAAGCAUACAUCAACCUGGUCGAGCGGUCGUCCUUCCGGCCGCUCCAGUGCCAGACUUCAGGCGGACGUCCCUCCGUAUGAGGGCCGGCGGCGCCCCACUCUCUCCUGGCAGCUCCCAGCCCGAUCAGUACCGAGCCCGAGAACAUGCUGCCCAGGCUCCAGCCACCGCGUUUGGACGACAGCGCGAGAGCGCUCCGCGUGCCGGGGGACACACAUUCGUCGGCAGUAUAGCGCCCGCCCCCAAUAGGCAGUGAUUUGUCAGCAAGUUGAACAAUGGUCUCACCUGAUUGGGCCGCCCGGACGAACGUGCGAGGGGCGACACUGCCCAGCGUCCCGCAGUCCUUGCCAAUGGCGGGUAGAUUGCAUGU